AUGGGGGAUAACAAGUACAAAAACCUGACCCGAGCUGACUUGGAAGGCAUCAACAACGACCGGCGGGUCCAGCCAUUGGGCACUCGCAUGGUCUACCGCUCCAAAGAAGUAGCCUCUUGCUCGCACAUGGCCUCACCGUCUCUGCUGGGACUGGCCGCUGCCAUCAUAGCCUGCUUCAGGUCUAAGAUGUCGACUACCCUUCUAGGAGCCAUGUGCAGCAUCGUCAAAACCAAAAGGAGGCUCUUGGAAAUCGUCAUCUCUACAACUUUCAAAGAACCCCUUUGGACUUAUGACGAUGAAACCAACUGGCCAGGCGUGAACUGCAAAGAGGGCGGCAAGCGGCAGUCGCCCAUCGACAUCAGGACAGCAGACGUGGUGAAGGACUACGCCAAACAGUUCAUCAAGCAUGGCCAGCUCAAGUUUACGGGGUACCACCGCGUGCUAGUGUCGGGGAUCAAUAAUGGACAUACUGUGCAAUUCAGCUCUGAGGGCGAGGAGGCGAUCCACCCGACGCUCACGGGAGGACCGUUGGAGCACCGCUACCGGCUGGAGCAACUGCACUUCCACUGGCUGUCCGAGCACUCCGUCAACGGGAUCAAGUUUCCCAUGGAAAUCCACUUCGUCCACGUGCGGUCGGAUCUCAACGUGGGGGAUGCUUUGGUCAGCAAGGAUGGACUGGCCAUCAUUUCUGUAUUUUGCAACGUCCAGGCAGAGCUGGACGACCGACAACAGCAGGCGUCGGACGAGAUCAUGCAGUACAUCCCGAAGCUCCUGGAGACCGGAGACAGGAUCAGCGGGGUCCUGAUGGACAUGACAAAGCUGCUAAGCCCGAACCAACAGUCGUACUACACGUACGCGGGCUCGCUCACGUCGCCGGAGUGCAACGAGGCCGUCAUCUGGAUCAUAUUCGACACGCCCAUCUUCCUGUCUGAUGCUGACUACCGCAUGUUCGGCAAAGUAGGGGUUGGCCGGCACAACUUCAGAUCGCUACAGAAGCUCAACCACCACGUAGUCUUCAAGCCUGUCUCCGCGUCGCUGCACACGCCGCAAAUCGUCAAACUCUUUGAUGACGUCGUCAAACUCGUCACGGACUUCUUUAGGAACGUUACUUCAUUCAUGUCAAAAGGAUUGAGGUCACGAUAGAAUAAGGUCUUCAGAAAGUAAGGAACCAGUCAGAAAACGCCAUGAGGAAGACAAGCAAUCAGUCAUAAUCGAAAUUAACUUGAAGCUUAGCUCUUACCGUAGCGGGGCUACCCCAAACAACGUUAUCCGAAGUUCCGAAAGUUUCUAUCUUUUUCACGCAAAGUGAGAUGCCUACUGGAGCAACAAUGAAAGAUAGAACCGAAACAACAUAAACGACGUCAGGUAGAUCAAUUGGGCAAAAUAUCCCUCAAAAUUACCAAGUA